CUGCACCUCUAGCUCGCUGCACAUUGAAGUCUGAACAGCUAGCUCAAAAGUUGAUUAGCCAUAUACAUUAAACCAUAUAAAUUGGUUUGGUUUUUGUUCCCUACUCCCUAGCUAGGCUUUGUAUUAAUUCAGCCGUUUUGAUCAAGAUGUGUUUCUAGACGUUUUGGUGUGCUGUGGCACGUCACUUUGGAUACUGGCAUUCUGAUGAUUUGUGCCACAUACAUCAAAGUGGAGUAGAAACACAAGUUGAUCAGAUACCUUCAGUGCCUCCUCGGUUGUCCAAUGGUGUGCUUGUCAUGAAUUCAGCAUUCCUCCAAGGUGCAACAAUCAGAUUUAUCAUUCAGUAUUCGACAUUACAAAAUGGUGCAUAAAGGUGUGGAUGUAUAAUUUGCAGAAGACUUAGGAGGUUAAGCCUACCUUAUUUUUGUUUCUGUUUCUUUCUUUCUUUCUUCUUAGAAUUAAGAUCAAAUAAAAAAGACUUGCUAUGCAGUGCAAGGCAUUCAGACUCCAGAAUAAUGAAAUUAAACAAGAGCAUUGUGUCCUCCUUUUUUUUUUGCCCAUUCCGGCAUUUCCUGGUGAUCAACAUUCUUUUGCUUCCUGUUUGUCUAACCUUCAAUAGGUUAUUCGCUUCUGAUCACCAUUAGUAAAUUGGCAGCAUUUACAUGUUAAUUGCUAGUUACUAAAAGGCUGAAUCAGUGUCUAUUAAACAUCUUUUUCUUACAUUUAUUAUCUUCGAAAUGCCUAUAAUAUUACAAAUAUUUCAGUAUUCUCAUAGGGGUGGCAUCCUAAGGCCUAUAUGCCUAUACUCAUGGCUCCGAGCCUCUGAAAGCACAAGAUUGACAGAUUUUGUAGAGUAUCAGCUAGGGCUUCACAGUGUAGAAAGCUAGAGGAUAGCUGGUUGAUACUAUCCCUAGUACCAAUUGUUAAAACAAAGACCAUGAAAUCAGUUUGAUACUUGAUAGACAGCAAUUACUUGGUUGUGGUGUUCUUCUGUUCAUGUGCGAAAUGUUUGUUUGCACUUUUACCUUGCUCAGUAUAUGAACCACCUGACCUCUUUUCACUAGUUCUUUUUUUCCAUUACGAUCAACUGGUCACACUUAAUCGAUUAAUUACUCGGAUGGCAGAAGGAAGCUUCUACAGUUCAAUUCUUGCAAUGCCAGUUCCCUGUUUUCUUAUUUCAAAGAACUUCACUGUCUGUUCUAUGUUCUAAUGAUCCUUUCCCUGUGCAAUGAUCAUGCUACUCUUUUGACGACUUGAUCAGAUAUGAACAAGUGCAUAUGGCAGCCUUGCAGGCCAAUUUUACCAAUAACUUGUGACUCUUUUCCUGAAUGCUUUAGCAGCCUUCUGAAUGUGUCAACUCUGUUUUUUAAUUAACCCAUUUAAUUAUGCUGCUAGUACCUAUGUUGCCUUCAAUAGAUGCAGUUGUGGUGACAUUCUACUGGGGGCAUGUGCCAAGCAAUGCACCAGCAAUCCUCUUGUCAGAGAACAGCAGUAACAGCAGCUGCUACUGCUCACUGUCACAGGAAUGAUUAGCAUAAAUUUUAUUUUAACAAGGUCAACUUGGGCAGCCUUAACACAUGCACCACGGUACAUAUCCUCCAGGACGGGUAAACUUUCUUUAAUUUUUAUGAAAGACAUGUGUCCAGAUCUGAGCUAGGGUGCUUGAAUCAGGACAACAACAAGAACAUACCCUCUUGUCUCCCUUUGGGUUAACUCUAUUCUGCAAUGGAAGCAUCAUGUUCCUCUAACUGGUAUAUGGCAUAGUAUGAACACUGCUUGAUUUGCUAAAAAUCAUAGUACCUGUUAUUGUCCUCAUGGCUUCUGUGUGUAGUGUACCGUAGAGAGUAGGAACUAGCUCCUACAGUCCUACUGGUGCUCCUAGAUCAGGAUCAGUUGAAAUGUUAGGCCAGCAUCUACACAACAAAAUGCAGAAGCUGAUCUGUUUCAGAGCUUCAUAAGCAGAAGCUAGCUCCCAAAGAAUAGGCCGUACAAAUACCCAGUUUACAGCAGGUCGGUCUCUGAUUAUUAGUACUACCUACAAGUAAUCAGACCCUGAAAGCUAGAGCAGCUAAUCUACUGUCAGCAGUGACAGAGAAUGUAAAUUAAGCAUGCUAUUAAUCUACUCUGAUCAUAUGGGGGCAGGCACAAAGUAAAAGAUUAAACAAUGCCACAUUGCCCAAAAGCAGGUUGGAAAAGCCAUGACUUUAAAACACAUUCCCUCCAUGUUCCAUGUUCUCAUGUUCCAUCCCCUACCAGCUCCAGCUCCGGAACCCAGCUCACAUUCGUUCACUGGGUGAGGUGUCCAGGCACUAAACAAACAACAUGGUGGCAUGUUAAGAAAUGCCAAGAAGAUUCAUUAGAUUAUUACAUGCUUUAACCAAUCUUCUAGUGAGAAUGAUAUAAAGCCUUUUCUGCCAUCUUCAUCUUCUAGCUAGCUGCAGCCUCUGCUCUUCCUGCAGAUGCGGUGUCAGUGAAUUAGCUAGGCAAGCCAGACAGUGCCUCUGACAUGGCGCAGCACUAGAAGCAGCAGAGGCCCUGCAGCCAGAACAGGUGCUAGAAGCAGCUGAUUUCAGCUGCCAAAAGCGCUUCUAGGAAAGUACUAGAACAUUCUAAUGGAAGCAAGAGCGCCAGUUCUGGUCCUAGCAGUGACACUGUCCUUGAUCUUGGCUACCGGCGUUGGUGCGGCCGGCGGCGACGAUCGGGCGGCGCUGGUCGCGCUCAAGGCGGGCUUUAUUGACUCGUUGGGCGUGCUCGUCGACUGGAAGGAUGGCGGCAGGGCCUCGUCGCAUUGCAGCUGGACCGGCGUCGGGUGCAACGCCGCCGGCCUCGUCGACCGCCUUGAUCUCUCGGGGAAGAACCUGAGUGGCAAGGUCACCGACGACGUGCUCAGGCUGCCGUCGCUCACCGUCCUCAACCUCUCCUCCAACGCGUUCUCCGUCGCGCUGCCCAAGUCUCUCGCCGCGCUGUCCAACCUCCAGGUGUUGGAUGUGAGCCAGAACUCCUUCGAGGGCGCGUUCCCCGCCGGCCUCGGCUCCUGCGCUGACCUCGUCACCGUCAAUGCCUCCGGCAACAACUUCGUCGGCGCCCUCCCCGCCGACCUCGCCAAUGCCACGUCCCUCGAGACCAUCGACCUGAGGGGCAGCUUCUUCGGCGGUGCCAUCCCGGCGGCGUACCGGAGCCUCACCAAGCUCAAGUUCCUGGGCCUCUCCGGCAACAACAUCACCGGCAAGAUCCCGCCAGAGCUCGGCGAGCUCGAAUCGCUCGAGAGCCUGAUCAUCGGGUACAAUGCGCUCGAGGGAGGCAUCCCACCGGAGCUCGGCAACCUCGCCAACCUCCAGUACCUCGACCUCGCCGUCGGCAGUCUCGACGGGCCCAUCCCAGCUGAGCUCGGCAAGCUUCCGGCGCUCACCUCGCUUUACCUGUACAAGAACAACCUCGAAGGCAAGAUACCGCCGGAGCUCGGCAACAUCUCCACACUCGUCUUCCUCGACCUGUCCGACAACCUGCUGACGGGCCCGAUCCCCGACGAGCUAUCGCAGUUGAGCCACCUCCGGCUGCUCAACCUCAUGUGCAACCACCUCGACGGCACCGUGCCGGCGACCAUCGGCGACAUGCCGAGCCUGGAGGUGCUCGAGCUGUGGAACAACUCCUUGACGGGGCAGCUUCCCGCGACGCUCGGCAAGAGCUCGCCGCUGCAGUGGGUGGACGUGUCGUCCAACUCCUUCACCGGCCCCGUGCCGGCUGGGAUCUGCGACGGCAAGGCGCUCGCCAAGCUGAUCAUGUUCAACAACGGCUUCACCGGCGGGAUCCCGGCCGGUCUCGCGUCGUGCGCGUCUCUGGUGCGCGUGCGCAUGCAGAGCAACCGGCUCACCGGCGCGAUCCCCAUCGGGUUCGGCAAGCUGCCGUCGCUGCAGCGGCUGGAGCUCGCCGGCAACGACCUGACGGGAGAUAUCCCCGGCGACCUCGCGUCGUCUACGUCGCUAUCGUUCAUCGACUUUUCCCGCAACCACCUCCAGUACUCGGUGCCGUCGAGCCUCUUCACGAUCCCGACCUUGCAGAGCUUCCUGGCGUCGGACAACAUCAUCUCCGGCCAGCUCCCCGACGAGUUCCAAGACUGCCCGGCACUGGCAGCGCUGGACCUGUCCAACAACCGGCUCGCCGGCGCGAUACCGUCCAGCCUGGCCUCGUGCCAGAGGCUGGUCAAGCUCAACCUCAGGCACAAUCGGCUCACCGGCGAGAUCCCGAAGGCGCUCGCCAUGAUGCCGGCGAUGGCCAUUCUUGAUCUGUCGAGCAACUCCUUGACCGGCGGCAUACCGGAGAAUUUCGGGAGCUCGCCGGCGCUGGAGACGCUCAACCUGGCGUACAACAACCUCACCGGGCCCGUGCCCGGGAACGGCGUCCUGCGUUCCAUCAACCCCGACGAGCUUGCCGGCAACGCGGGGCUGUGCGGUGGCGUGCUCCCGCCGUGCUACGGGAGCCGCGACACGGGCCUGGCGGCGCGCCCCCGCGGCAGCGCGCGCCUCAGGCGCAUCGCGGUGGGGUGGCUGGUGGGGAUGCUCGCCGUCGUCGCCGCGUUCGCGGCUCUGCUCGGCGGGCGCUACGCGUACCGCCGGUGGUACGUGGGCGGCGCCGGGUGCUGCGACGACGAGAACCUCGGCGCGGAGUCCGGCGCCUGGCCGUGGCGGCUGACGGCGUUCCAGCGGCUGGGGUUCACGAGCGCCGACGUGCUGGCGUGCAUCAAGGAGGCGAACGUGAUCGGCAUGGGCGCGACCGGGGUGGUGUACAAGGCGGAGCUCCCGCGCGCGCGCGCCGUGGUCGCCGUGAAGAAGCUGUGGCGGCCGGCGCCGAUGGACGGCGACGCGGCGGCGGCGGCGAGCGAGCUGACCGCGGACGUGCUCAAGGAGGUGGGGCUCCUGGGGCGGCUCCGGCACCGGAACAUCGUGCGGCUGCUGGGGUACCUGCACAACGACACGGACGCGAUGAUGCUGUACGAGUUCAUGCCCAACGGCAGCCUGUGGGAGGCGCUGCACGGCCCGCCGGAGAAGCGGACGCUGGCGGACUGGGUGUCGCGCUACGACGUCGCCGCCGGCGUGGCGCAGGGCCUCGCGUACCUCCACCACGACUGCCACCCGGCGGUGAUCCACCGCGACAUCAAGUCCAACAACAUCCUCCUCGACGCCAACAUGGAGGCCCGCAUCGCCGACUUCGGCCUCGCCCGCGCCCUGGCGCGCACCAACGAGUCCGUCUCCGUCGUCGCCGGCUCCUACGGCUACAUCGCGCCAGAGUACGGGUACACGCUCAAGGUGGACCAGAAGAGCGACAUCUACAGCUACGGCGUGGUGCUGAUGGAGCUCAUCACGGGGCGCCGCGCCGUGGAGGCGGAGUUCGGCGAGGGGCAGGACAUCGUGGGGUGGGUGCGGGACAAGAUCCGGAGCAACACGGUGGAGGAACACCUGGACGCGCACGUCGGCGGCCGGUGCGCGCACGUCCGGGAGGAGAUGCUGCUGGUGCUGCGCAUCGCCGUGCUCUGCACCGCCCGGGCGCCGCGGGACCGGCCGUCCAUGCGCGACGUCAUCACCAUGCUCGGCGAGGCCAAGCCGCGCCGCAAGAGCGGGAGCAGCGGCGGCAAGCCGGAGCCCGCCGUGGCGGUGGACAAGGACAGGCCGGUGUUCAGCACCACGCCGGACUCCGACUACGCCUAGGCGCCAAGGCUUACUUAGCCUGCUGCACAUGCUUCUCUCCCCUUUUCAGUGCCUGCUAAUGAUUUGUUCAUGUACGUAGAUUUUGAUGCUGCAGGGUUUUGAGCCUGCAACCUAGUAAAAAAUUUGCUGUGAAGAUUAACUAGCCGUAGAUCAUGUAGAUUAUGAAUGUAAGAAGGUGGAUAAUAAGCUCAGGUAUUUUGAUUCACAUACAUACAUAUAAAAAGAAAGAAAGCAGACUCAA